AACACGCUCGCUCAUUCGUAGCACAAGGUCAACCAGGUGGUUCAACCAAAACCCAGUUUGAAACAUUGCUGUCGUUAAUGCAUACAGGAACUUAAUGUGUGAAAAAUGAGCAAGACUCCGUUUGUGUAAAUCUAUGUUUGUGUUCAAUAGAAACAGUUCACAGCAGCAGUGAACACUGUGCUGAGGACACGUGUGGUGGCAAUGACAAGCAUGCAAGUGGUAGCGUGUGUCGCGGUGGUAAGUGUGGUGAUGUGUGGUGUCACGCGAGCAGUUUUAGUGCCCUACACAUUGGGGAAAACGACCAUCAUGGUGGACAGCGAGGUCCUCGGAUACAAUUCACCGCUAUUAGCAUACCUGAAGCAGGGCAUGCCUGUGCGGCGCGAUGGUGAGUCGCAUGCUGACAAUAUCCUGGAAGACGUCGGUCGGUCUCAAGAAGAAACAUAUGAAGAAAUGCCAACUACUGUGACUCAAGAAUCAGAUGAAUCUUAUAGUUUUAACAAAGACUUCCAUACUAGUCCCGAAGGAGCUUUGGCCAUCGAAGUAAUGCCGGGAAGUCGUCCUCCACCUAUUACCAUGAAUGAGGCUUCAGGAAUAUAUCUUAAAGGACAACUUGUUCCCAUCCCGCAUGAAGACACCACUCCUCCUCUUUACUAUAACGUGCAAACUCCAAACUUUGCUCAAGUUUCCGAGAAAAUUCAUAAUAUCGUGACAUCGCUCAGUCCCAAGCUAAAUGAUCGAGCACCAGACCCAUCUCGCCCUCCACCUAUACCCAAUGCUCUUCCUUUGCAGCUGCAUGCGAGGCCCGGAGACACACCACCUUCCUUAGCUAACACUGAAGGCUUCACGGGAGUUUCCGUAAAACACAUGGUGCCGGAGGAGUCUGGCGAGGACCAAGCAACUAAUAACGAUGAUCUUAAUUUUCUAUUGAGUAAUGAUCCAGAGGCAGUCCAUCAUUUAUUACAAAGUGAUAUUCAUGAUAUUCAUGCUAAACCUCCUGGACACGAUAGCAUCUCACCGAUGGGUCAUAUCUGGGGACCAGCAAUUGACUCACCUCAACACACUCGUAUACACGAUGCUGAGGAAAUAGAUAGUAAUGAUCAACACUCGUUUAGUGUCAAUGUCGAGUCUCCGCACCACAGAUUAAAUUCAUCAUCGGACACGCAGCAUGAUGGUGAUGAGUUGGAUUCUACUGUCAAUGAAGUCAGCACCACCGACACAGUUACUAUUCUACCAAUCGCAGUAACGCAGGUAAGCCUUCAUAGCACUCAGUCUGCACAAGUACUCCCUACCCUAGUGCCUGAGGUAGUAGAUAUGAUCACUACUGAAGAAGUGAACACAGUCACCAUACCAGCAAGUGAAACAGAAAGUGUAAGUCGCCAAGCUGAUUGGAUGGAUACAACCGAUAAAGAACAUACGGUAAUUAAUCCAACAAAAGAGUCAGUAACGUUGACAGAGGAGCUUGGUACAACGAUUCACCCAAUGAAAAAAGUAAAUACAUCAAUCCCCCUAGAAGAGGUAGAAACAAUAACUCCUUCAGUAGAGGAGGUGGAGACGGUCUCUUAUAUGACUGAGACAGACAUCAUGCCGACUGAAGAAUAUGCUGACAUUGAUUUAGAUAAGAUUUUAUCAAUUAAGAUAGAGGAGUUGCAACGUGACGAGGUAAGAGAAACUGUGUUGUUAGCCGAGGAGGAGGAGGACCAGGCAGCACUAGAUGAUGCGAUGGUAAACCUAUUUGAAAAUUUAUUUGACAGCGUGACUGACUCGCCUUAUAAUGAUAGUGAAGACAACACAUCCAUGUCUUUGGUGUCAACUACUAGCACUGACUCUGACUCAUUAAGGCAAGGUGAAGGUGAUGAACAAUAUGUUGAAGAGCGUUUAAACAACACUCUUAAAACUGAUGACAGUGCUGAUAUGGACAGUGCCAUCGAAUUUAACGAAGACUCCCACAUUGACAGUAGUGACUUUCCAGCAUUUCCCACAAUAACUCUCCACACGUCAGAAGAGCAACGACCUUCCCCCUCGUAUCCACCUUCAGGUGAUGAUUCUCUGAUGCCAUUCUCAGAUUUUUAUGAGGAGACUUUAUUUGUAGAUCAGAGGACCGAAAUUGCUUCCAGUAGCAGUGAAUCCCCAGCUCAAAGUCAAUUACAUUACUCAGUAGAUGCAAACUCUCUUUCCCCCGGAAAUAAUCCUGAACAGUCUUCUAUCCAACAAGACAUCUCUCUCAAACAUGACCUUCCGCAUUCCGCAGAUGAGGGGCUCAAGUCAUGGUUCAGUAGAGAACCCAUUAUUAUUUUCGAUCCUUUACACUCCCCCAACCCAGCAUCAUCACUUCCUGACGGACCCCACAAGACUCAGCUGACCCCAGACAGUUUUGCCACCAAACCAGAUGAUAACAACUCACAGCGCCCUGUAAGCCAACAAACUUACACCGACAUAGUAACCUCUCCACACAGUGACUCAGAUGAAUCAGAGCCUCAUAUAAAAGAAGUGACGGAAGCAUCUGAGAGCGACAGUGACUCGAAUACUUCAGAACCACCUACAGACUAUGAUAGCUCAGAAACAGAUGGUGGCGGUAACUCACCUAACUUGAUAUCCAACAUUGGUGAUGAAACAGAAACACCAAACGACGAUGAAAAUGUGAGUGGAUCAGAAACGCCACAAGGUGACAUUUCUCUUCACUCAGAUCAAUCAGACCCAUACAAAGAUGAUGAUGAUUUAGAAAACUCGAACACACAUGAUUCAGAUGACUCAAACACACUCAUGAACGAUGUUAACUCGAAUAACACAGACGCACCAAAGGUUGAUGAUGACUCGGACUACUCAGAAAUACUAGGCGACUCAGAUAUGUACGACUCAAAAACUGGCGACUCAGGAACAGAAGAGGGUGACGGUGACGAAGAUGACGCAAACACACCCGAUAGUGGUGAUGAUGACACAGACGACUCAGAAAUAUUAGAUGGCUCAAAUAAUAUGGAUGACUUAGUAACAGAAGAAAAAAACAAUGACGCAGAUGACUCAAGCAUACCCAAUAGUGACGAUGACGAUAGUGAUGACGAUGCAGACGACUCAGAAAUAUUAGAUGACUUAGAUAAUAUGGAUGACUCAGGAACGGAAGAGCAUAAUGGUGACUCAGAUGACUCAAGCUCACCUAACAAUGAUGAUGUCGUAGACGAUUCAGAAAUAUUAGGUGACUCAAAUGAUAUGGACGACUCAAAAACACCACAGGAUAAUGAUGACUCGGAAGCUGCAGAGGACGAUGGUGAUGAAGAUGACGAUGACGUAUCCAAAGACGGCGAUAACUUAGAUGACAGUCUCCGCCAGGCAGAAAUGAACUCCAGUAAUGCAUCAGAUACCACCACCACCUCGACUACAGCGUCGCCAAGCCAGACCACGUCUCUUAUCUUUCCGGGAGCUGUGGUUCACAAUGCAGGCCCAGAAUUAUUCCAGAAAUCUGCUUGUAAUUGCGGGCUCCGUUUCGCAACGAAAGUGGUGGGUGGUGUAGACUCCAGUAUAAGUAAAUAUCCAUGGAACGUAGGAAUUAUCGACAAUACAGGCUUCCUCUUCUGUGGUGGUACCAUCAUCACUGAUCGUUACAUUGUAACAGCAGCUCACUGCAUCAUGAAUAAGAGGGAGGAUGCUGUGAGAGUCCGCAUGGGUGUCAGCAGAAGGAACAGUCCAAAUGCAGUGAUAGUGAAUGUGAAUAGACUCAUUCCUCAUAGCAAGUACAAUUCUAAUUCAUAUCACAAGUUCGACAUUGGUCUCAUAGAAUUGAAGGAUCCUAUUAAUUACUCCGAUGUGAUAUUUCCUGCUUGUCUACCUCCUCAUGAUCUUAAUAUCACCGAUGAAGCAGUCACUGUGACCGGAUGGGGCAAGAACAGUUACUCAGGGAAAGUGGAAGACGUCCUUCAGGAAGUGAAUGUAACCGUGCACUCCAAGGAACAGUGUCGUAAUUUAUCACUCUACGAGAAUAAGCAGGUGCACAAAAAUAUACUGUGUGCUUCAGCUCCUGGGAAAGAUGCCUGUCAGGGUGACAGUGGUGGGCCAAUGAUGUUUCAGCAUCGCGAAACUAUGACACUGGUUGGUGUUGUGUCCUGGGGCGUUGGCUGUGCUCAGAAUAAGUAUCCAGGCAUCUACACCAGCGUCACUGGGUUUGGGUAUUGGAUCACUACUAAAAUCAAAGGCGACAAAUCAUGUCUUCCGUCCUAUCCCAAACCAUCCAAGAAAAAUAAUAAGAACAGGGGAGAGGCAGGAGGGAUGAUUAGUGAUGGAGCUGUAGAUGACUUUCUCCCCACGUGGAUCCAAACAAAUGAUACCAGCAACAAUAAGACCACCAAGAGGAAGAGCCAAGGACAAAUCAUGAACCCAAACCAAGAAAAUUCAAAUAGCGAAGAGGAGGAAGUGAAAGAAAAGACUAAGAAGAGGAGGAAGAAGAAGAAGGGUGAGGGAAACAAAACUGCACAUAACAAAGAUGAUACAAGCAUCCAUGGAAACGGGCAGGAAACAGAGAGUAGUGAAGAAAGUCCAAACAAUCGUAAGAAGAGUGGCGGAAAUAAAAAGAAAGGACAAAACAGUGAUGGACCUCACAAUGCACAGGAUGACGAUGGACAUGAAGGAAAUCCUGGCAAAGAUAAUAAUCACAAGAGAAAGCAUGUUACGGGAGGAGUGACUCACGCAAAUGAUGACACUGGGAAUGCUGUUAGUGAAUUAGAGGACUGGAGCAUUUUACCAAUAGCUAUUAGAGCUAUUGCUGACAGUAUUUCGAGAGAUAAACAAGAAUGAACACACACACACACACACACACACACACACACACACACACACACACACACACACACACACACACACGACUAUUUGUAAUAGUAAAUAUGCAAUCAAUCUAUUACAAUCACAACCUUAACACUUCUUUCUAAAAAAAGUCAUACACAGUAACAAUACACUCAAAUGAUUAUUGUAGGUAGUGCAAUUUGCGACAGGUUAUUUUGAAAAAAAAAAAAAAGAAUUUCCAUAUUACUGUACGUACUAUAAGUACGUAAGCAUUAUCAUGGCUAGGUACGUAUUCAAAGCACGAGAGCAGAUCAUUAUAACCCAUGUUUCAUUUAAUUUAUUACCUCAUGAAUGCAAUAUACAAUUCUAUCAUA